AAACAUAAACGACCAAUGGGAAUUAUUAUAAAAAGCAUAUUAAUAUAAUUCACAGAAGUGACCAGAAAAUCUCACUUGUAACAUCCUUACCUAUUUCGCUUUCCCAAGUAUCUAACCAAAUAAGCCUUAAAAUUCUCCGAAUAUUAAAAUUGCAUAGACUCCAAAGCUUCAGACAACCCUAACAGCAAUCUUAAAAAGUCUCCGAAACCUGCGAAUAUAUCCCCCGGAGAAGUCGCCCCAGCAGUAAACAACGAUCUCUCAAAUUUCUCUCGGACGACAAACCUCUCUCGUCGCGUCUAUUCCACGCGAGGGGGCUCAUCGAACAUGCAUGUCUGCAAGAAAGGCGGAAAGAGCCUAGGAAGGAAGGAAGACACGUCGAAGAAAAGAGUGAAAAAGGAGGAAACACAGCAUAGGCUUCUAUGGCGCGUGUCCAAGUGGCAGCUGAUGCACUCCACCUGAAGCCUACGCGUCUGAGGGUUUUGUCUUCGUAUAAACGAACGAGUGGCCCCUGCUAGACUAUCUCUUUCAAACCCCUCUCCCGUCUUCAUUGUUCCUCCCCUGCCCUACCAUGACGCGUCGGAGUCAAACGGCGCUUGUCGCCCCCAAAGACAAUGGAAGUCUUCGCUGAGGAUUUAUCGAGGGCGCGAACUGCGAGCGAACUCCGUGAAAAGGCGUUUGUUUUUCGCGACGACGAAGCGAGCCAACGCUCAGUUUUCACCGCUACAGACUUUUCAUCCCUCCCAGUUGGCUUUGAUACUCUUGCCUUUGGGACCCUUUGAAGCUCGAUUUAAAAAAAAAAAAAAAAAAAAAGAAUUCAUUAGGAAAUUGUUUGGGAGGGACUACCAAAGAUGGCCGGAGUCCAGUGCGUUAGAAACGAAACGUUUUCAUCCCUUUGGCGUAGACGUAACUUUCAUAGAGUCGUUGUUUUAGGGUAUUUUUAGAGAUCGAGUAGAGGUGCGAUGAACGACGAAAUAUAUUAGGUCGUCCCAAAAGUUUAUUCCGUGACUUGCACUCAAUUAUUUUGUGUGCUAAUGUUUACAUAAAUAGACAAUCUGAUUUCUUAGAUGUUAAUGUUGUAACAGAAAUGGAGCAAAAUGAAUCGUAAGCAAUUCAAUAACGUAACAUUAGACAUAAAAUAAUUGUGAAUGCAUUACUUAUUAAUGAAACGGAAGAAACUUUUGGUACAACCUAAUAUUUCGCCUUUAGUCUACGUUUGCAAAAUAUUUAUUCGUCGGUUUCAUUUUCCAAACGUGAUAUUAAUUUGUAAUUUUAACGCAGACCCUUAUUUAGCAUUCAGAUUUUCACAUUAAUUUUCUUACGUUAAAUCAAAAACCAUUACAGAGAAAAGAAAUAAUUAUUGACCGCAUCGUUGCUGAGAUAUAAUUCGAGAGAAAGUUUCCGAUUAUAUUGGGUUGUCCCAAAAGUUUCUUUCGUGAGUUGCGUUCAAUUAUUUUCUGUGGCAGUGUUUAUAUAAAUAGACAAUCUAAUUUCUUAGACAUUGAUGCUGUAACAGUAAUGAAGCGAAAUGAAUCGUACACAAUUCAGUAAUGUAACAUAAAACAUAAAAUAUUGUGUACAUAUUAAUUAUUAAUAAAACGAAAGAAACUUUCGGGACAACCUAAUAUUUUUGAACGUGACUGUCUCGAAGCAACUACCUCGAAUAGACUCGUUCCGUAAUUGUUAUUCAUAUUCUCCAAGACUUCAUCUAUUCCACCCAACUCAAAGUGUUGGGUCGCGCAUAAGCAGAUAUUAUAAACACAAAAACGAAUAAAGGGAAACGGUACGGAGGAUUGCGAGAGAGGGAGCAGCUGGAUGAAGCUAGCAUCGCGAUCGUGAACCGUUCUGGAACACGGAUGCACCCGAGGAGAGACCGAAACGAGCGUUUCUUUGGGAAGAGGAUCGCGUUCGAGGGCGGUCGCUGGUUCAUAGGAAGAGAAAGAAAUUGAAGGAUGGUGUGGGGCGGCAUUAAAGCCUCCCAAGAGGCGAAACAUCUGCCUGUCGGGUGUUUGGGGCACGAGUCCCCCGAUGCACGCGUGCUGUUGCCGCGCGUACGCCGUAAAGUGCCACGAAACAUGCACCUGGCGGCGCGUCUUCCUUUUUUCUUUUUUUAUAUAUAACCAGGAGUAGCUUCGCCAGUCAAACUCUGGCGAUGUGGCAAAGGAAAGACGAGUUACUUAUUAGAAACUCUAUGGGAGAAGGAAUAGAACAUUGGAAGAACUAUUUUGACAUGGAUUUAAGAAAGAGCAGAGAAAAGAAAAUAAUCUUCGAUCAAAAGACGGCGAGAUUAUUUGAACAAGACUCGAUUCCGAAAUCAAGGGUUAUAGACAUAUUUAGACAUAUUCAUGAAGUACAAGAAACAGAUACUGUGUAGUAAAAUACCCAGCUCACAAUCUAACGGAAUAGGGUUAGUUAUAGUUAAAAAUGGAGAAAGAACGAUAGAAGGAAUAGCAAUAUCAGCACUGCAAAAUAUCAAUGAGAAUUUCAAAGAAAUUGUUGACAAUCCAUGGACAUACAAAACGUGGAAGUUAGCAAAUAGGGAAAACACUGGAAAAUUAGUAAUAGGAUGGAUUCCGGGGCACAGCAAUAUCACAGGAAACGAACUAGCAGAUCAAGAAACAAAAAGGCAAACUGAAAGGGUCCAUGACACGCAAUACAAAGUCCCAGAAAAAGAUAUUUUAGUAGAUCUAAAAGAAGAAUUUUGGAAUAAGUUCAAAGGAAAGGCAAUAGAAAUAGGAAGAGAGAAGGGAGCUCUCUUUAUGAAAGAAAUAGGAUCAAAUCACAAGAGAGCAAAAUAUAAACCUUGGUUUAUAAAAUACAAAGAUAAACUAGACAGAUCAACAAUAAGGACGAUCCCAAGGAACAGGUGUAAUCACUAUAAUCUAAGAGCAUCGCUUGCAAGGAAAGGGAUAGUGGAAGAUUGAACUUGUCCAUGUGGCCAGGAAGACGAAGACAUAGACCACGUCCUAUUUGAAUGUGGUUUGUACAAUGUUGAACGAAACAUAAUAUGGACAAAACUUCAAAAAGAAAUUGAAAAAGUGGGGAAGUCAGUAAUCGAGUUAAUAAAAUUACAUAAGGUUAAAGUAUAUAAAACCUUGAACACAUUUCUACAAGAUAUCGAUAAGGUAUUAUAAGAAGAACCAACAAAUGGAAAAGGAAGAGUAUCGGAUAAUCAAAAAAGCAAGAAACUGCCAAGCAAUAUAAAGGAAACGUGAUAGAUACAUAUUAAGAUAGAAGGAGAAAAACAAUAUUUUGUUAAGCAAGAAGACUUGAGAAACCAAAACUUAAAAGUACAAGAAAAGUUCCUAUCAAGAAAAAAAAACGAGUAGGUCAAGCUACAUGCAGUAUUAUGUACGUACAUUUAAAUAAAAAGAGAGCUCAAUAUGAAGA